CAAUUAUUUGAGGACAACUCUCGUAAUUUCACACGCUUUUACGAAAUCGCAGUGAAUUCCGCUUCUAAAGUCUAUGUAUAGUUCUAAAGCAAAUAAACUCUGAAAGCCAAAUUCAAAGCUCUAUCUGCUCAUUGAUGGCGGAAAUGGUAUAUCUUAAUGUCCACGAAGAUGAAGAAGACGACCGAGAUGACGGCAUUUUAACCCUCGACUCCGUCCCCUAUUGGUCUCUUGACUUUGACAGCUUCGAUGUCUGUACCUUAGAUCCCGAUUCUCUCUCCGAAUCCCCAUCUGCAAAUCUCAACCAUCAAACCACCACAGUACGUCAUCAACAGGUCUCCAAUCGACUUCGAGUGUUGAACGGCUUUACAGAGACGGAUUCGAUCACUAACGUCGAUUUCUUCGACCGCGAAAACCAGGUAAACUUUGUUAUGGACUUGUUUCAUCAACGCGUUGAGCAAUCAUCGUCGGAUCUGAAUUUGGAUCCGGAUUUUGGGGUUAUUGAAGGGAAUGAGGAAAUGGGUUCGAAUGAUUUGGAGCUAGAUCUUGGUUUGGGGUUAGGGUUUGGUAUGGAUAGGAAUGGUUUGCCCAAUGCUGAUGCUAAUUGUGGGUUUAUGGUUGCGGAUUGCGGCGACGAUUUCUUUAUGUCGAGGAGAGGCUCUGCGUCUGAAUCCGGCGAGUCAUCCGCCCUAUGCGGUGGCACCGAUCAAUUCGUGGGUGAUCUGAGGGUUGUUGGGAUCGGGUCGGAUUCGGAAGAGGAUAAAAGUGAAGUUCUUGAUAUUGAUUUGAACGCAGAGGAUGAUUUUGCGUUGGAUAAUACAUGCGAAGACGGUACAGGCCUUCGGCUUUGUUGGGAUUCGUUUGGAUUGGAGGAUCACAGGGAUGUGAAUGAAGAUUUUGAGUGGGAGGAAGUGGAUGGUAGGGUUGAUGAAAGAGAAGUUUUGAGUAUGUUUCUCGAUGCCGAUGCAGAUGAAGAUUUGGAUGCAUCCCUUUUGGCUGUACUUCCUUCUGAAGAAGAAGUGGUAGAGAGGGGGGGUACGUUGAGGAAUUUGGAAUGGGAAGUUCUGUUAAAUUCUCAGGAUUUGGAUAUAAACCUGGAACUAGAACAAGGUGGUGUACCUUAUUUGGGUGAUCCCGAAUAUGAAAUGUUAUUUGGGCAAUUUGCAGAAGAUGAAAAUGCUUUGGUAGGUCCGCCACCUGCUUCCAAAACUGUUGUUGAAAAUCUUCCAUCUGUUGUUUUAACUCAAGAAAAUGUGGAAAAGAACAAUGCCCUUUGUGCGGUUUGUAAGGAUGAGAUAAAUGCUGGGGAACAAGCAAAGCAGCUACCUUGUUCUCACCAUUACCAUGGGGACUGCAUUGUGCCUUGGCUGGGAAUUCGGAAUACCUGCCCUGUCUGUCGCUACGAAUUGCCCACAGAUGAUCUUGAUUAUGAGAGGAGAAGGAGGAACAGGAGAGCUGGCCGUGUCCAGUGAAUGCUUUCUAAGGAGCAGAAUUCUGUAUCAGUGAACAAAGGGAAGGAGGACUGUGGAAUUUCCGAAACUUUCAAUACUGUCAGCAAUUUUUGACACCUCAGGAGAGGACAGUUCAAUUUCUCCCCUUUUUUGGAGCUAGUUGGUAUCUCAAUGUAACCUGCAUUUUAGUACAACCUGACAUAUUCAUUGCACAAGAAGCUUCUAUUUUGGAUGAAAAACUCUUUUUCUUAGUUUAGCAAUGAUUUGAGGACUACAAUAGAGAGAACACCAGGUCUCAAACUUCAUUGCACAUAAAAUAUAUAUAUUUUAGAAAAAUGACUCUAGGCUGUUAUUCCAAUUUUAAUUAAAAUUAAAUUCAGAGUUAAAAAAUAGUGGAAGAUCAAGUACAUGUUGAAAAGUGAAGAAAACCUACAGAUCAAUGCAGCCUAGGGUCAGGUUGCACUUGUCCAGCCUAAGGGUGAAGUCCCUCUAUGCUUUCCUCAUAGUUUAUUAGAGCAAAAGUGGUAAUUGUGUUGUCGUUUUUGGACAAAUAAUUGCAUUUAAUCCAAUUGCAUUUUUCACUUCUCCUAUUUGACACACAAUAGAUUUGAGUCUUGUCAUGUUCAUAGUUUCAAGUUCACUUGAUUAUCUGUAAGUUUUCAUUUUUACUUUUUCAAGUCUCCAGUUAGUUUUCCAUUUUGGACUGGGAAAAAAGUGCAUCUAGUGUAUUAAUAUUCCUUCCUCUUUUGUAAGUAAUGAUAUUUGAACCUUGUGUGCAGAAUUUGAACUCCAGUUGCAUACCUGUUAAAUCUUUCCAUUGGAAUCUCUCUCUCUUUGACUAAUAACUCCAUGCAACAUGCAAUUAAGCCUUUUUGUUUUCAUACAGGUCAUGUUCAUCAUUAAUGUCUUUUCACUAACCUAUGAUACUUCUGUAUACCCUCAUAUGCAAGCAUGUACGACAGGCAAUGGUGCUGUGAGCACUAAGUUGUGCAAAGAUUUUUAUUUUUAUUUUUAUUUUUAUUUUUACUACUAGUAACGCUAGCAUUGGUGGCUUAAAUUUAUAAAAGCUAAUAUAUUUAUAUGCUCGUACACAUACAACACACACAGAUCACAUUAAGAUACAGCUUUGGAACUUUUAGUUACUGACCAUGGUAUCCUUACUCUGGAGUCUAGUCCUACCUCAUCUACCUUGAACCCAAUCACAACUCUCUCUCUCAAAACCCUUCUUCAAGUGACCUAAAAGUGAAGGUAUGCGGUACCGCAAAUUGGAAGAACGCAAGAGCACACCUCACUAUUUCAUGCUGUCACACAAAACAGGCGACUCCACAGAUCACCUAAAUAUGCAGCCAUGUCUCAGGACUCUACCUCAUGCCAACUUCAACAUUGGUGCCUAAUUUAACACAUUGUACCAAGAUACACAUCCUUAAUUAACUUGUAUCUAUUCUUUACUCCAUUAAUACUCUUGAAAUACAGUUUCUGUGUGAUUAAUUCCAAUGAAGCCGAAGAGGACUAAUGGAGCAUUUUCAAUGAGACAGCCAAAAAGAUUCACAUUCAACAGAGAACCGGCUCAAAGAGUACAGUUGCAUAAAAAGAAGCGAACUGCAGAGCUUCAGUUGCAAGUUUAUCAUCUUGUACUGUGAUCGGCAGAUAAAUAACGAUUUAUUUAUUUAUUUGUCAGAGAACAAUUGCCAAAUCUUUCAAGAGAAUGCAACUCUUACUCCAAAAAGUUAUUGUGGAUCAGGAAACCUACCAAGUGAUCUAGAAGUGGUUAGUUGCUUGCUGCACCAUCCGUCUGAGUGCUGAAGCUUCAACCCGUCUAUCACUAGUUCCAUGAAUUUGCUUCAUCGACUAGGUGUAUAUGCUUUUUGGUUGAUUUAUUAUGAUAGUUAAUGAUAUAUAUAUAUUUAUUCUGUAGAUAUUACAUUGAAAAUAUGUUAUGGCACUUUUGAACAGUUCUGUUUUAUGGAUUUGUUCUGAUGCACUGAGAUUACAAGGUAGAAUUAGCCA